CACAUACAGACACAGCACCACAGACCGCAACCCGCGCAGCCCAAGAGAGUUGAACCUGCUGCACAUUCUUACAGAAAACCUGGGAAAUUUCUUCAGAGAUCUGACAGCGCCACAGGGUCCCAUUGUUUCCACUUCUUACAUCCUUGGACAGAGGAGACUGACGAAUGGCGGCGUGGGACCUGUCAGUCACAGUGGAGGAGCUGGGGCCUGAUGCCCCACCUGUCACCCUCAGUGUGACCUCUGACCUUCACGUUGGAGGGGUUAUCCUCAAACUGGUGGAAAAGACACAGAUCAAGCGUGAUUGGUCAGACCAUGCACUGUGGUGGGAGCAGAAGCAGAAGUGGCUCCUGCGGACGGCCUGGACCCUCGAGAAAUAUGGCAUCCACGCCGAUGCCCGCCUGCUCUUCAUGCCUCAACACAAGCCACUAAGACUGGGUCUGCCCAACGGCAUGACACUGAGGCUGCAGGCCUGCUUCUCCAGUCCUGUCUUCCAGACCGUGAUGGGCAUCUGCAGAAUGCUCAACAUCCGUCGCCCAGAGGAGCUCUCCCUCCUUCGUCCCAUUGAGGAAAAGAAGAAGAAAAAGGACAAAGAUUUAGUUAAAGAAAUUUACGACCUGACUGAGGUGCCCAUUUCCUCAGCAUCCCGGCCGUGCUUGUACAACGGUAUGCCAGCUUACUUUGCUGAAUCAGCAGAGAUGGAGGCCAUUUACAAGAUGCUGUCAGUCACUCAGCCCCCACUCACCCCCGAGGUCAUAGCGAAGCAGUACCGCCCAGCCAGCGUGGUGGACAAGGCUCACAUCAAUGGCAGGUGGUUGGACUCAUCACGCAGUCUCCUGCAGCAGGGGAUCAAUGAAAACGACCGGCUCUGGCUUCGCUUCAAGUAUUUUUCCUUCUAUGAUAUAGAUUCCAAGUAUGAUCCUGUGCGUCUGACGCAGCUGUACGAGCAGGCCCGCUGGGCCAUCCUGCUGGAAGACAUCGACUGUACGGAGGAGGAGAUGAUGCUGUUCGGAGCUCUGCAGUACCACAUCAGUAAGGUGUCUCAGUCGGAGCCCCAGAUGCUGACGUGCAGCGCUGCCAUGGAUGACCUGGAGUCCGCCCUGCAGUCCCUGGAGGUCAAGAUGGAAGGAGAGAGCAGCUCCGCUUCCGAACUACUGGAUGAUAUGACUGCACCAGAACUCAAUGACUAUCUGAAGAUAUUCAGACCCAAGAGGCUGACUCUGAAGGGAUACAAACAGUACUGGUUCAAGUUCCAGGAUACAUCCAUCUCAUAUUUCAAGAGCAAAGAGGAGAGCAUUGGAGAGCCCAUUCAACAAAUUAACCUCAAAGGAUGUGAGGUGGCUCCAGAUGUUAACGUAGCAGCACAGAAGUUCCUUAUCAAACUCCUUAUACCGGCACCUGAAGGCAUGAACGAAGUGUAUCUGCGCUGUGAGAAUGAGCAGCAGUAUGCUCAGUGGAUGGCAGGAUGCCGGCUGGCCUCCAAAGGCAAGAGUCUCGCAGACAGCAGUUUCCAAAGUGAGAUCGAGAGCAUACGUUCGUUCCUGGCAAUGCAAAAGACCAACCCUGGUUCCCACAGCAAUGCAGCUGUCAACGAUGAAAGUAUCAACCCUCACAGUCUGGUGUCACCGCGCUACUAUAAGAAAUACAAACCUAAACAGCUGACCCCUCGUAUCCUAGACGCAUACCAGAAUGUGGCUCAGCUCUCACUGACAGAUGCAUUGAUGCGCUUCCUGCAGAUCUGGCAGGCACUGCCCGACUUUGGCCUCUCAUAUGUUGUCGUCAGGUUCAAGGGUAGCCGAAAAGACGAGGUACUGGGCAUUGCCCCCAACCGCCUGAUCCGCAUCGACCUCAGUGUUGGUGACGUGGUCAAGACCUGGCGCUACAACAACAUGAAGCAGUGGAACGUCAACUGGGACAUAAAACAGGUGGCCAUCGAGUUUGAAGGAAACGUUAACAUUGCCUUCAGCUGCAUCACUGCUGACUGCAAAAUUGUUCACGAGUUCAUCGGAGGGUAUAUUUUCAUGUCAACACGCAGUCGCGAGAAGAGCAACACACUCAACGAGGAGCUCUUCCACAAGCUGACGGGAGGCCACGAAGCUCUUUAAGACUGAAACUCUGAAAGACAAUAGAAAUGGAAAAGGAUCCACCACGGCCCAUCGCGUCUGCUGUGCGUCUAAAAAUAUGGAAAAUCAAGAUGCAGCAACUAAAACUGUACAUGCACUUCAGUAAAGAUCAAAAUAAGACAUUCUGUUCAUUGGAGAUGUGUUACAACUCAGUUUACAUCAAGGUUUGACUCUGGUAAGCUUUUUCCAUCUGCACUGUUAUUUGUAAGUGACAUCAGUGGGCGCCAGACAGAUGAAGACUUCAGUGGUCGUCUUAGUCUCUUCAGGAUGGGCUUCCGCCAUCCCAAACGCCCGGACAUCUGGUCCAACUUCAGACUGCUUAGAAAAAUCUAACUCACAGAAAUGUAAAAUCAACAGCUGAAUCAAGCAGCUGGAGCUUUUCUUUUUAAAUUCACUUGCAGAAGAAUAGUAAGAAGCGUUGCUUAGGAGGGGAAAGCUUUGCUUUGUCAAGAGCUGCAAAGAUAUUGUCACUUUUAUUAACCACUUUAAAGCACGCACAAUCACUUAUGAGAAACAAAAAUAAAUCCCAGUAUGUAAUGUUUAUCACAAAAAUUUAAAAAUAAAGAAAAAGCUGGCAU